CUCUUGAUGCUUCAUUUUACUUGCCCAGUGUUGUCCGCCGUACGACCUGAUGACGAUGCACUCAUCAAGGAGGCGAUAACUUCACUGAACUUGAAAAACGCUUCCUGCGUGGUGUUUGUUGGCGAAAACACCGCUGGUAUUAACGAACUGAAGAAAUUCUUACGCCACGACGAGACUUUGACUGUGGAAAAAGCAAGCGGCAAGUUCAAGCUAGACGCGCACGAGGUGAAGACUUUUGUGCCCUCCGUGACCGUUGAUUUGGAGAGCAGAAGCAGAUUAUUCACGUUGACCGAUGAAGAGCCAGAUCUGCCAGCGCAACUCUUCAACAAACGCGUCUUUGAAUCGGCCGGUGGAUUGAAAAUCACCAUCGUUGAAAGCUUCUCAGACCUCUUGGGUGACUUCUAUUAUGAAACACUCACACAAGCGUUUAAGAACGUGAUUCAAGUAUUGGGCGACAAGGUAGAGUGGUACGGCGAUUCUCUGUGCAUCGUAGCGACCAAAGUAGACAGACCUGAGCAAAAUGACACGGAACUCAUUGGUGAAAUCGAGUACAAAGUUGGAGAAUACGUGAAGUUUGCGAAGAAAGAGAGGGAGGAGGCGCUCUUGAACAACGACUUGAACCUGGUCGCCGACUUGGAUGGUCAAAUCACCGUGGGAAAUUUUCUGCAUCAAAAGAAACGUUUUGGCAUUCUUCGUGCUCCGAACGCUAAGAAGAGUCCCUGGGAUUUGCCGCCGCUCAAGAAAAACUACAAUCAGUUGCGCAAAUUGAUUUUCCAGACUUUAGAAUUCAGCUCAAGAAUUGGAAGCGCCGCCGAGAUUGUCGUCACGGCCGCCACACGUAAAGAAAUAAAAAACAAGUAUGUGCUGGGUGCCGAGAGAAAGAUGAACGAAACCCUCAUUGGGUUCGCCGCGUGUCUGGAGGAGGCGCUCUAUGGAAAACUCUUCAGCCAGUUUGACACUUUUUCAGUCAACUUCUUCCCGACCGCCUUUGACCGUUUGAACACAUUCGCUCACUUGGAGCGGCUCGCCAAAUUUCUUGAAGUUCCUAGCAAACGUGGAGAAGACGUAGGCUCGGUGGCUUAUCUCAUAAAAUUCUACUACGAACUUAUAGGAAGAUCUUUCGAAGAGUACCAGGAGCGCGAAAUCUUAGGAUGCAAAUCAGAGUUUCGUAGAAUUUUCGCAGAGGUUACAAACAACUACGAAUUCUUGACAAGCCUGCGAAGGGACCACGACACGCGCCAGGUGCAGCAACAUUUGGUGAAAGACCAAAAUAUCUUGACCUCCGGCCUGAGCGUGGAAAACUUCCAGACUUGGCAGAAAAAUCUUGCCAGCCUGGGAUUUUCGCAGAACACCAUUCAAGUCAUCACAAAAGGUAAUGACGUGAUGAUCCAGGAAAUCAAAUCCCUAGCCCGGUCGGUUUCUACCAACAAGUUCAACAACGCCGCUAAAGGUGUUCUCCUCUACUCUGGAGAUUACAUCUUCUUGAGCCAGGUCAGCGAAAUUCUUUCAAAGAUCACAUCGCACGAAGUGGAAAUCGUGGCGAUGAGAAAACUCUUCGUUGACUGCGACUUGUAUUUAAUAGACACGCACCUAACGAUUUGGGCUCCGUCAUUGGAAGUAGAUAUGAGGUGGACAAAGUUUUUGCUCAAAGGAUCUGACGCUCCACCUACGCCAAACACGGCAGGAACGAGCGGAAAUAAUGGGUUCAGCUCAGGGAAAUUCCAACUGGUAGUCCAGGAAAUUGUCAACUCUGAGAUGUUGGUGGUAGAGGCUCACGGUGGAAAUGGCUCGGACGGCAUUGCCGGUAAAAACGGUGAUGACAUCGACUUGGACGGUUAUUUCCACCCUGCUGCAAAUUAUGAUGGAUUUGAUGAUGACAUUCAACGUAAAUCAGCCGAUAUUAAUAAAACCAUGGGGCUCCAAUACACAUCGAGAUUCAAUGAACAUAGUUGCAGAUUUGUAGGGUCAACCAUCAUAACUUGGCGAAAACGUUGUAGGUAUGAUGUAACGGUCACAAAAAAUGAAUUUAAAACACCCAAUCCGGGAGGGCGAGGUGGAAACGCAGGUGCAGGUGCGGUGCCAGGAGAGAUUCUGCUCAACGAAAGACUUCGGUAUACGAGAAUAAAUGGUAUUAACGGCCAGCCAGCCACCGGAGGUCUAGGUGGCAUUCUUCUUAUGCUAGAACAUAAGUACGCUUGUAGAACGAACAAUUGGAACAGCGAUCAAAGUUGUAAGAAGAAGAUUUACACUACACAUUACAAGAAAGGGCCUGAUGGAGAGCCGGGUUAUUAUCCAAAAUCACUGGUUACAAAUUACCGUCACACAAAACAGCGCAUCUUAUUUGAUGCUUUUUUACAUCUUCAUCUCCUGGCCGUCUAUUCGCCAUCACCAAUUAGCCCAGAUGACAAAUUCCUUGAUUUCAGCUCGGUGAAAGAGAUUGUUGAAAAAUUCACGACGAAAAACUUUUUCCAGUUUUUGGGAGCAGUACAGGACGCCUUCGUCAACACCACGCAUACGGCAAACCUGAAGAUUGUGGUCAGGUCUUUCUACGAGUCGUUCAUCAUGUACAAGCAACUCGGCAAGGAAACUGACUCCUCGUACCUGGAUCUUAUAGAACUCAUGUUUGUUGACACGCUUGCCAAGUGUGAUUCUUUAUCUACAGACCGGCAGGUUGUCAAGCUGGGCGAUAAAAUAACAACCGAAAUACGCAGGUUGAACGAGGUGCAGGAUAUCAAACAAGAUCUGUUUGUCUACGAGACUGUGAAAGAAGAAGGAGAAAAAGCGAUGAAGGAAAUUGCGGAAGCCGAAAAGGAGCUGCAGAAGUUCUAUGACGAUGAAAUGAUUGAGAUGGGGGAAGAAAUCAAUUCACAGUUGGAUGAACUAAUCACAAAUGUAUAUAAAGAAAUACAGGAAUACGAACAGAAUAUUGCAGAGUUGCACCGCGAUAAAAAGAAGUUCCAACGAGCGAUGAUGCGUAAAACGGUGUUCAAAACUUUAGGAUUGUCAUUAAAAAUUGUUGGAGUAUUUUAUCCAGGUGUUGGAGUCGCUGGGAAAUCAAUGCUUAAGCUGGGAAAUGCUGUUUCAAGCAAUGCAAGCAAUAUUGAGAAUCUUCUCCCUGACAUAAGAAACGCUGCAGACACCGCAACUUUAGUGGUGGCCGAAUACUGGACGGAACGAGAGAUGGACGAGCGCUCAAAGCAAGAAGCCCAAAUUGAGUCAAUUCAGCUAUUCCUCUACGACACCAACCUAGAAAUGCAGGUUUUGAGCAAUCAAGAACAUGAAAAUGCAAGGCAGGUCGUUGAUGAGACAAUGACAUUAGAAAAAGUUGAUGACCCAAAGUGGAUCAAAUUUUAUCAGACGUUUGAAAGCGUGGAAGGAAAAAUAGUAGCAGCAAAAGGACAAAAUGCGAGUGAAAACGAUCAGAAAAAACUAUCAGUUUAUAAAACGGUGUUCAAAGGUGCCAAAGAAGGUUUCCUGAUUGCCAAAGAUGUGUUUGGCUUGGUGUCGGAUAUCAAGUCAGCAAAUGCAAAACUAGAACAGUUUGACGCUGCUAUUGACGCAAAUAGAGUGGCUAUUGAACAAUUGGAGGCAUACAGGAAAAUGAUUGAUGAUAUUUUCAUUCCAAUGCUUGAAGAUAUGGGAGAGAGAUUGGACAAAAUGCAAACAGAAUUAGAAGAUGCACACUCUGUCCUCACAGGCAUUAAAGCGUUUGAAAUGAAAAAGAAAAUCCGCGAGUUUUCAAACUUUGUCACCAGAUUCACGGAUGGGCUGCUGGAGGAGGACGGAUUUGCGGCGAUUACAGCACAGCUGCAGGACGUUGUGAGCGUUCUGGCCGAGGGCUACGACAAGAUUGAGGAAAUCAGCUACCGGCUGGAGAUGAAGCAGUUCUUAGGCACAAUCUCUGGAGGCGAUUGCAACCAAGCGACAAACAUAGAGACCUGCAACGUCUACCUCGCAGCCCGAGCCGAGGUUGAAAAGAGCCACUUGCUGGUGGCCUUCAUCGAAAUCUUCGCCGCCUACAGACAAGUCAUUUUUCCGUUUGGCACAAACAAAGUCAAGAUUUUGGGCAGGUUGGUGGAGAAAUUGAGAAAUACGGGGCUGGAGUCAAACGGGGCGAUCCGAGAGGUCCAAGCGAGUUUGGAUUUGCUUAAGACAGAACUGGACGACAUGAGCACCAGCAUUACUGUUAUGUCUGGAGGUGGCCUGUUUUUGAGGUGUUACAAGGGCGGCCACUUGCCGGCCCUGGCGGCCUCUUACCGCUUGUAGAGUGCGGAGAACGGAAUAACACGUCCGGUCGGUUCGGGUUCCAAGAUAAUUCUAACCUUUAUUACAGUGUUACCAACGGUACAAUAUAUACAGUAGUCACCAACAUAACAUCUCCCGCCUAAGAUAAAAACUCAAUUAUUUUAUUUUAAGACAAUUAAGAAGAUGUCAUGCCAUCAAUCCAUCAAUCAAUAAUUCAAUUUUGUGGAAAUUAAUGCACAAGAUUUUGGUUUCAAAAAUGCAAUUUGAGAACUACUUUAAAUUCACUCUUGAAUUGGAACUACAAAUUUUACACUUUUGAAAUUUACUUGAAAUUUUGAAUUUACUUUCAACUUUUGAAUUUUCAAAUUUGCUCUAAACUUUCUCAACUCAGAACUCUUAAAAAUCAUUCUCAAUUUCAAAUAUUCACUGAACUUAAUUUCACCGAAAAAUGUUCACGCAAUCUGGAUACGGCCUGAAAUUCCAGUUGCUGAUUUUCUUCUUUUCUCUCCUCCUCGUCUCAGGAAUUUUCACCUCAGGCUCUUGUUCGCCUGGCACUUCUUAAACGACCCCUGAGGAGAUCCCCUCAACUCAGGUCGAAGGCUCGAGGAUGCGGUUGCACCCUCCGAGUCACUCACACGUUGGCCAGAGAAGGCGGCUGCCUCCUCCUGGCGUCUCUCUCGUACGAACGACAGCGCCACACGUCCUCUGUCUGGUGGCCGCUGGUUUUCCCUGGACUCAAUCUCGCCCUUCUCUUUCCUCUUUCUUGCUUUCUUUGCGCUCAGCAGACUCUGCACUUGAAGACAAGACUUGGCUCGUGGUCUCUCUCCACUCGAACUCACGAUGACGAGCCCAAGUCCUCCUCCUUCCUCCUUUCCCUUCUGGCCCUUUUUCUUGAAGGUGACGAACACGGUGAGCUUCCCCCCCUGGGAGAGCUCUUCACUGGGUCGCACUCAGACCCUUUUCGGCGACGCCCUUCUCUGACGCCCCGACACACACCGUCCUCUUCCCUUGUCCGAGGAACGGCUGUCACGCUUCGUACUCUGCGGCAGGUGACUCUGCUCACCCUUCUCUUGCCGCUGCGAAUUCGCUCGCAAACACUCUGGGCCGCGGGUCUCUUGAUCGUAUCUCGUAUCUCUGGCCGAACCGACUUUCACACUUGGCCGGCUGGCCGCCUCGACUUGAAAAUGUCUGCUGACGCUCACCUCGUUUAUGGCUGAUGUAACGCCCGGCUUUUCGCAGCCUCACGCGGAGAAUUUCUUCUUGCCCGACUUUCCUCCCGCCGGAAACUCUUCGUUGGCUCCUUCGAGGUCUCUUUUGGUGCCGGACAGGUCCGCCUCCGGACACCAACCCAAGCCAAAUUUUGGGGAAUCACCACACGCUGCACGUGGUCGCCGUUCUCGCACUUUUCUCGCUCCGCUCACCUCUUCCUCCUUCACCGAAAUUAGUUUUUC